GUCAUUCUAAUUUAGUUAACAUAUUGAUAAUAUAUACAGCACAGGGAACAGUUUUUGUGUGCCAAUCAGCUGAUCGAAUCACCCACCAACGCUUCUCAGUUUAACUUUGUGGCCACGGCCUAGUAUAAUAGGACUGAUUAGAGAAUCAUACAAAGUAGAAGAGUGUUUCAUAUAGUACAGUAUAUAUUACCGGGAUUACUGCACUAUAAUAUACCUGUUAAUAAUAAUGUGCUGUACAGCAUUUAUUAAUUAUUAACUCAUGAGGCAGCUGGGUCUAGAGGUGGUUGAGGCAGGAGGUGAUUGUACAACACUUACAAUUUACGUUAUUGAAGGUGGAGCGGAGAUUAUGUUUUCAAUGCUAAUUUCAUUGACUAUAAUGUACUGUACACUAUUUAUACUUCUUAAACAAUUCACUUUAGUGCUUCUCGUCAACCAACUCCACCACAGCAGCCGUCCCCACCUACACAAACUGUCCCCUGUUAUGUUUUCUGGUUGGAGAUACAUGUCUGGUGCUGGACCCCUUUCUGGUUUGCAAGGGGGAUCCAGAUUAAACGAGUCCAGGUUAGAGGGAGUUUACUGGACAGUCCUUGCUUGGUUUUGUGAGUGCUACCAGAAUUUUUUUUUUUUUUUUGCUACUUUGUGAUCAUGAGGUAGCAUUCAACACAGGUAGCUAUUUUAUUGUUAUUAACUUUCUCAGAUUUGUUUUUUUUUAUAUAAUACAUUAUUGUAAUUUACUUAGAUACUGUACUGUUUUACAAUAGUUUUUACUGUUUCUGACAAUCAUUUUCAUGCACUUACAGUAUUGUAUUUAUUUAAACACUGACUUGACUGUUCAUAUUGCAGCAGAAAGCUCAAGUAUUCCUCAGAUUAUUGCGGAAAAUUCUUCAUUAGUCACAAAAAAAGUGAACUUUUGUAAAGUAACAUUUCUAUUCAGGAUAGAUAAGAUAAUUCCAGAUACAGUACAGCAUAAUGUAUCAAAUUUUCCAUCUUAAUAUUCUGUAAAAAGUUUCAUUGACCCUUGAACUACUUGAGUGAUCUGUGUAUGUGCAAAACAAAAAAACAAAACAAAAAUUCAGUUAUAUAAAAAAUAGUAAAUUUACUUAUGAAAUUAUAAACAAACAGAAUAACGGAAUAUGAGGGUAAAAGUUUACUCACUACACAACUCGUCUGGUGGAUGUUUUUCUCCAUGUGCAAUUCCAUUAUAAUGACAUACAGUAUUGAUGAGGGAACCACUUCCCAACCCCUGAACUGUGAGAUGUAUAAGUUCUGCUCUCUAUCCCAGAUAAAAGGCUUACUGAGAAUGCUUCUCACAUAUCCACUCUCUUAAACCUAAAACAAAGAAUGAGAACACCAUACACAUUUCAUUAUCAUCGCCGAAAAUAAUUGUGUCUAUUGAUGUUGGCAGCAGUCGCCUGUGUCAGCAUCAAUAGACGUUGGCUGCAGUUUAAGGGUUAAACCUAUGAAAUUUUUACUUUUAUAAACUAUCAUCUUCAUUCAAAAAAGAACAUUUUCAGAUACUGUACAUUGUAAUUUUACUUAUUUCAAGUACAGUAACUGAAACUAGGAACUGGGACAUUUACUUCAGGUUGGCCUGUGCAUUUAGUUUACCUUUGUAUUGUAGUUAAGAAAUUAUUUAUUUAUUUUGUACAUCAUACUGAGUUUCUUGUGCCAUAUGUUUUGGUAAUAUUUAAAUAUGGGUUUUUAAACAGUUUGUAGAGAAGUUGUAUUUUGUACUUUAUUGUGUGAAAUGUUUUAUAGUUAUGUUAUAUCACUCCAAUGGAUAAUUUGUGUGGUCUCAUUAUUCUUAAAAAAUAACCCACAUAAAAUGUUAUUUUUCAUUUCCUUAUAAGAAAACCAUCUAUAUUUCUUUGACGUAGAGUGUUGUGAUGGCAGCAAGUGUGAGCUGUUUCAAGACCAGACUUAACCAGCACUGGAGCAAGUCUGGAUACAUUCAUGAGCCAGUGCAAGCCUAGUACUUGCCAACAAUGUGUGACAGAGAUGUGACCGACUGCCCAAGCGGCUAGCGAACUGAUUAGUGGUGAAGAUGAUAAAAGUAAAAAAGUAAUACCACCCUUUAUAUUGAAGGGUGGAGGUGGUUUCAUGCCUUUAGGACAUGAUGCAUUCAGUUGGAUAGGUCUAUCUUUCUAGGGGAUCCCUGACUGUGAUGUCCAGAUGCCCUUCCAGAAGCCCAACUAGACUAUUCCCAGCUGUACAAAUCCAGAUUAAGAAUUACCAUUUAGGGCUGGGAGAAAGGAUUACGGUAAACAGCCAGCUCCUGAGGUGUUGGCCAUACAUGAAAGUUUGUACAGUCCCUGUUUCUUUUCAUCUGGAAGUUGAGUCACUCUUUGAGCUGCAAAUCUGAGGGAGGUAGCACACUUCUUUGGUAUUAGAAUAUGGGAGGUCCUGGGCAAUCUCAUGGAUUACAAGGGUUAAGAGGGUACAGAUAGGGCUGGCAUGCCUGUCACUCCUGGAGUUGCUGUUGACCCCAUUAAUGGUCAUAUUCAGUUUUUUUAUGAUUUAGCAGUUAAUUCCUGAAGUGCAACAUACAGCCUGAGUUGUUUAACUGUAGACUGUGAUAUUCAGCCUGAGCCACUGUUAAUUAAAAGUCAUCACUAAAAAUUUUCAUGCCAAGUUAGGCUGGAAAUAAAUGUUCCUCAUAUGGCAGAAGGCCUCCUCCACCCACACAUAGAUACAUAAUGCAAUUAGUACCAUUUUUGUCAAGAUGGAGGGGAAUCCUUUAUCAUCCUCCUCACUCUUUCCUGAUGGGCCUCAAUCACCCCAAGGUCAUGUGUCAUCACUUCACACCCCCUACAUACACAACAUUCAGCAUGCCACGUCUGCUAAACCAAGUCAGUUUCACCAAACACUUGCUACCACAUACGCUAAACUUUUGAACCAAGAAAAACUGGCGGUGAGCGGCCUGUCAUUCGCAAAAGUUCUAUUAUGCUCUCAUAUGAACGUGAGGUGUAAUUUAGAAUUGCUGUACAGGUAAAUCUUGGGGCAGUGUUUCAGCCUCAUGGUUUGGGUCACCUCCUUGGAUUGGAUGUGCAUGAUGUUGGAGGCUAUCUUGAAGACAACACCUCCUCGACCUCAGGAAGCUGGUUUCUGGUCUCUUCGCACAGCCAGGGUGUUAGAGGAGAACAUGGUCCUCACAAUUGAACCUGGAUGCUACUUUAUUGAUCAUCUUUUGGAUCAAGCAUUGGCUAAUCCUGCUCAGGCACAGUUUCUGGUUCCCGAGGCAAUAGCCCGCUUCCGUGGAUUUGGUGGGGUCAGGAUUGAGGAUGAUAUUGUUGUGACUGCUGAUGGCACGGAAGACCAUGCGCAGGGUACUAUUCCACGAACUGUGGAGGAGAUUGAAGAACUUAUGGCUGAAGGUCAACAGGAGGAUGUGUUUGUCCCUCAGCUUCGUGCUCAGGAGAAGCUUGGUCAGUAAUUAAUGGUGCUUUAACUUACACCAUUGAGUAAAGAAGAUGAGGAAUAGGAUGGACACAAGAAGACGUUUUAUCCUUACAUAAAAUGUAUAGUUAUUUCAGCCUCGCUUUAGGUUAGAUUAUUAUAACAAAGUAAAUGUUUUAAAUUAUUAGAAUGCCAAAAGUUUAUUUGAUUAAACUUGGAACUAGACAUUUACUAUAUUAAUGGAGUUAUGUGCCUUAGACAUUUACUAUAUUAAUGGAGUUAUGUGCCUUAGACAUUUACUAUAUUAAUGGAGUUAUGUGCCUUAGACAUUUACUAUAUUAAUGGAGUUAUGUGCCUUAGAUAUUUACUAUAUUAAUGGAGUUAUGUGCCUUAGACAUUUACUAUAUUAAUGGAGUUAUGUGCCUUAGACAUUUACUAUAUUAAUGGAGUUAUGUGCCUUAGACAUUUACUGUAUUAAUGGAGAUAUGUGCCUUAGACAUUUACUAUAUUAAUGGAGAUAUGUGCCUUAGACAUUUACUAUAUUAAUGGAGUUAUGUGCCUUAGACAUUUACUAUAUUAAUGGAGUUAUGUGCCUUAGACAUUUACUAUAUUAAUGGAGAUAUGUGCCUUAGACAUUUACUAUAUUAAUGGAGAUAUGUGCCUUAGACAUUUACUAUAUUAAUGGAGAUAUGUGCCUUAGACAUUUACUAUAUUAAUGGAGUUAUGUGCCAUAGACAUUUACUAUAUUAAUGGAGAUAUGUGCCUUAGACAUUUACUAUAUUAAUGGAGAUAUGUGCCUUAGACAUUUACUAUAUUAAUGGAGAUAUGUGCCUUAGACAUUUACUAUAUUAAUGGAGAUAUGUGCCUUAGACAUUUACUAUAUUAAUGGAGUUAUGUGCCUUAGACAUUUACUAUAUUAAUGGAGAUAUGUGCCUGAAAAGAUUUUCAUAUAUAUUGGACAACUUUAUAUACAGUAUACAGGUUCUGUACUUUGUAAAAAAUGGAUCAUAUAUGAUUUGUUGCAAAUUCCCUGGAACUUUAAUAAAUGAAUUGCACUGGUUG